AUGACCCCACUGCCCCUGGACAUCGACCCCGCCGCUCGACGCCAUCGCCGGAGGCCACCUCGCCGAGCCUUCCCCGCCGGACUGCCUCCCCUGCGUGCGUCGUCCCGUCCCCCACCUCGAGCACCGCUGCCCCAUGCCCUACGCCCCACGGUGAGGCCCCGCCUCCCUCCGCUCCCCACCUCUCACCGCGCACGCAUCCCCCGGCGUGCGAGCUCGCGCCCCUUGAACCCCGUGUGUCGCCGCCCCCAAUGCCCUCGUCUCCGCUCACCGCGCCCGCCGCACGCCGCUGCGGCCGUCUGCUACUGCUGCUGCUCCAUGCCCUACUCACUGUGCCGCAUGCCUAGCGCGGCCGCGCCUCCCGCUUCCUCCUGCGCCGCUCGCCCGCGACCCCCUGCUGUUGCUCCGCUCAACCGCCUGGCCGCGCCCACGCCCCCUCUGCUCGACCCGCCACGGCUCCGUUCGCGCCGCCGGUGCCCUCGCCCGCCCGCGCGCCGUACCCCCCUCGCCGGAGCUUCCUUGCCGCCCCGCCUUCACCCUCGUGCGCGCUGCUCCGUCCCUCCGCAGCUGCUCGCCGGUCGCCGCCCCGGCCGCCUGGCCGGCGCCGUGGCCAUCGGCCUCCCCCAGCUCCGGCGGCCUGUCGGGUCCGCCCGCCCCUGGGCAUGCGCCCGAACGAACGGGUGUUGGGCACCCGUUGUGCCCGUGCCCGCUAACGCCGGCGCCCGCUAA